UGGGAAGGAAGGAGGGGAAUUAUAAAGUAGGCAGUGACUUUUCCUGCCAGAGAAGUUGCAGAGCCCUGCAGCUGGAAGCGCCUCUGCCACACCCGGUUGGGUCCUUCUCCUCCCUCAAAAAUCGAGGGGAAGACAGCAGUGUCCCGCUUGAAACCCAAAGAAUCCCUUCGUUUUGCCCUUGAUCCCCACUCGCCCCUCCAAGAAGCCUGGAUGACCUCCUUGAUCGACAGGACUUAAAACCCAAUCGCUGAGAUGUUCUCAGAAGCCCUUUUGGCUGCUUUGCUCUGCACAACUCUGAUUCCCCUGCACGCUCAAAAUGAUGAUGAUGUAAUUCUCGGAGCAUCUUCCUGUGCAGAUAAAACUGACUGUCCCGUCAGAGUGUACUUCGUAAUUGACACAUCUGAGAGUAUCGCCCUGCAGACUGUGCCCAUCCAGAGUCUGGUGGACCACAUCAAGCGCUUUGUUCCAGAGUUCAUCACUAGGCUGGAGAAUGAAUUGUACCAGAACCAGGUGUCCAUCACUUGGCAGUUUGCGGGACUUCAUUUUUCAGAUGUGGUGAUUUUCUACAGCGAUUUCACCAACAGCAAAGAAAUAUACCUCGAUAAAUUGAAGAACAUUCAGUAUAUCGGGCGAGGCACUUUUACAGACUGUGCUCUCUCCAACAUGACUGCGCAGAUACUUGCCAAUACAUCUCCAGCUGUUACUAACUAUGCAGUUGUAAUCACCGAUGGCCACGUCACGGGUAGCCCAUGUGGAGGGAUGAAGCACCAAGCUGAACGUGCCCGGGAGGCAGGGAUCAAGCUUUUCGCUGUAGCCCCCAGUCAGAACAUAUAUGAACAGGGGCUCCGAGAAAUUGCCAGCUCACCCCAUGAACUUUACCGCAACAACUAUGCCACCACAAAGAAACACACCAUUGAAGUAGAUACUGAAACCAUUGAUAGGAUCAUCCAAGUUAUGAAACAUGAAGCCUACGGGGAGUGCUACAAAAUGAGCUGCUUAGAAAUCGAAGGCCCACCUGGCCCCAAAGGUUUUCGGGGACAAAAGGGUGCAAAGGGUAACAUGGGAGCUCCAGGAGCAUCUGGGCUUAAAGGACGCCAGGGUGACCCGGGAAUUGAAGGCCCAAUUGGAUAUCCUGGUCCCAAGGGUAUCCGUGGAUUUAAAGGAGAAAAGGGAGAGUAUGGAGGAGACGGACGAAAGGGGUCUGGCGGCCUUUCAGGAAGGAACGGCACUGAUGGACAAAAGGGCAGACUGGGACGUAUUGGACCUCCUGGCUGCAAAGGAGACCCAGGCGACAGGGGUCUUGAUGGUUAUCCUGGAAGUGCUGGAGAUCAAGGGCCACCUGGAGAUGAAGGGAUAAAGGGUGAUGCUGGACGACCUGGUCGCAAUGGACAACCUGGGCCACCUGGAGAAAAAGGAAAUAGGGGACCCAAAGGCAUGAAUGGAGCAUUUGGCAGUCCUGGUGUCAAGGGGGCUAGAGGAAGCCCUGGAUCUCCUGGACCCAAAGGAGAACCUGGAGAGUAUGGAGGAGACGGACGAAAGGGGUCUGGCGGCCUUUCAGGAAGGAACGGCACUGAUGGACAAAAGGGCAGACUGGGACGUAUUGGACCUCCUGGCUGCAAAGGAGACCCAGGCGACAGGGGUCUUGAUGGUUAUCCUGGAAGUGCUGGAGAUCAAGGGCCACCUGGAGAUGAAGGGAUAAAGGGUGAUGCUGGACGACCUGGUCGCAAUGGACAACCUGGGCCACCUGGAGAAAAAGGAAAUAGGGGACCCAAAGGCAUGAAUGGAGCAUUUGGCAGUCCUGGUGUCAAGGGGGCUAGAGGAAGCCCUGGAUCUCCUGGACCCAAAGGAGAACCUGGUCGACGGGGUGAUCCUGGAGCAAAAGGACCUCCUGGAACUACUGGACCAAAUGGAGAGAGAGGCUCACAAGGAGAUCCGGGGGAUGCAGGUGUAAGGGGUGACACAGGCCUUCCAGGACCAAAGGGAGACAGAGGACGACCUGGUUUCAACUAUCCUGGCCCUAGAGGACUCCCGGGUGAGAAAGGUGAGAAGGGGCUUCCAGGACCAGAGGGUGCAAGAGGUGACUAUGGACCCAAAGGCCCUCCAGGAACAAAAGGAGAAGUUGGUGAACCUGCUGACCCUGGCCCACCAGGUGAGCCUGGCCCCAGAGGACGUUCUGGUGAACCUGGCAGUGAGGGUGGACCUGGCCCUGCUGGAGACCCUGGGCUUACUGACUGUGAUGUGAUGACCUAUGUCAGAGAGACCUGUGGCUGUUGUGACUGUGAGAAACGGUGUGGCCCCUUGGACAUCGUCUUCAUCAUUGACAGCUCAGAGAGUAUUGGUUACAACAAUUUCUCCCUGGAGAAGAACUUUGUCAUCAAUGUAGUGAGCAGACUUGGCUCCAUCGCCAAGGAUCCAAAAUCUGAGACAGGUGCCCGUGUCGGAGUGGUGCAGUACAGCCACGAGGGAACUUUUGAAGCCAUCCAGCUGAAUGACAAGCGAAUUGACUCCCUCUCCAGCUUCAAAGAAGCUGUGAAGAAGUUAGAAUGGAUUGCAGGAGGCACCUGGACCCUCUCUGCCCUUCAGUUUGCCUACAAUACACUGAUCAAGGAAAGCCAGCGGGAGAAAGCACGAGUGUUUGCUGUGGUGGUAACGGAUGGACGCCAUGAUCCACGAGACAAUGACUCCCACUUGCAGGCACUCUGUGGUAGAAAUGUCACUGUCACUGCCAUUGGGAUCGGAGACAUGUUCAAUGCGAAAGAGGAAGAUGAGACUCUUCGAUCAAUUGCCUGCAAUGACAAUCAGAGGGUCCAGAAAAUGAAGUUAUUCACGGAGCUGGUGGCCGAAGAGUUCAUUGACAGCAUGGAGCAUGAGCUCUGCCCAGAUCCUCAGAUUGUCUGCCCUGAACUGCCCUGCCAAACAGAGCUGGCUGUUGCCCAGUGCACACAGCGCCCUGUUGAUGUGGUCUUCCUCCUGGAUGGCUCUGAGAGAAUUGGUGGACUGAACUUCCACAAAGCCCAUCAUUUCGUGGAAGAUGUGGCUCGACACCUCACCUUGGCCAGAAGUAACAGUGACAACAUGAAUGCUCGUAUUGCCCUCCUGCAGUAUGGAAGUGAAAAUGAACACGCAGUCGCUUUCCCACUGACGUACAACAUCACUGAGAUCUCAGAUGCCUUAGCUCAGAUCAAAUACUUGGACUCUUCUUCCAACCUGGGGUCUGCCAUCAUUUACGCUAUCAACAACCUUGUCAUCAACCCACGGGACAGGCAGAGGGCCGCCCGUCGCAAUGCCGAGCUUUCAUUUGUCUUCAUCACAGAUGGCAUUACAGGCAACAAGAACUUGGAUGAGGCAAUCGACUCCAUGAAGAAGCAGAACGUUAUGCCCACAGUAGUAGCCUUAGGUAGUGAUGUGGACAUGGAUGUCCUGCAGAAGAUUAGCCUGGGAGACCAGACAGCCAUUUUCCGGGAGAAAGACUACUCUAGCCUCUCCGAGCCUGGUUUCUUUGACAGAUUCAUUAGGUGGAUCUGUUAGCUUUAGGGAAGUACUAAAGAUAGUUUGUACCAAAGUUAGUGGCAGGGAAGACACCAAAGAUAAUAAUGGCCUUAAAUAAUUAUAUGAGGUUUUUAAAGCUAAUGCAGUUUGCCUGAGGGCAGCUGUCACAGAUCUGCAAGGGAUUUAUUUUUAUAGCCAAACUCUCAUAGGCUUCUUUUAAAUCUUGUGUCAAAUUCAUGUUAAUGGUGCUAAUUAAAAACAAAAGUGGAGUAAGGAUCCAGGGGUACACAGUGUAAUUUAUCACUUCAAAACACAUUCUUUUAAAAAAGUUUGUACUGUAAUCCUAUAUGUACUAGAGAAACAACAAAGCAUUCACACUGAGCACAACAACCAGUCAUUUCUCACUGCUUGAGGGGUUCACAACAAAUAGACCCCUUACAUUUCCUAGGCAUCUGUUGCCAGGACUUUUUUUUUUUUUUUUCUGGCAGUCAGGGCUAAUUUUAUUUCUACCCUCAAUUUCUUGCUUCCUUUUCAAGAAUACACAUCCCACAUUCUGUAAGUAGCUGUGUUAGUCUUCCACUUUUUCAUAGAUGGAAACAGUGACAGGAAGAUUUUGGUGGGAGGAGGAAGUCCUGGCCUUUCGACACAUUGUAUUAACAAAUGAAUGAUUGGUCCUCCAGCCUUGUUUUUCAUAUAGUUGCUUCCAAAUUGCAACAACAAAUGGGUUCUUACAUGAUCCAAGUUUGAGUACAUGCCACUAGAUGACAGCCAAAAGGCAAGAAAAGGAGGCUUGUGGCAUGCAGGUACCCAGCACUGAUAUGAUACUGCUUCCAAUGCAAGUGGCAGCUAUUUUUAACUGGUAAUAGACCAAAUUGGGUCGCUUCCUAGUUCCCUUGCCACGAUACAAGAUAUGCCACAGUGCCAUCUGAUUUAUGGCUUACAGAAGUCCUCUUUCAGAAAAAAAAAAGAAGACGCUGGUAUGAAAGCACACCUUGUUGCCUUGCCUUGGAUACUUCUUUGCUUUCCCCCUAUCAGUCAAUGCAGAACUAUUUUAACUAAUGUAUUGUCGAUGGCAACUAAGCUAUAUGCAGACUUUUUUCUUUACACUGCAGUGGUUUUGCCAUGUAGCCAACCUUGCCAUAGAAAAUAUUGUGCCUUCCUUUUAUUUGCUACUAACCAGCUUUCUCUUGUAUUGAAUACAGAGCAUGCCUCCUUCUCUGAGGCAAGAGUGUGGAAUGUCAAACUCGCUGCAAUGCAAAAAGCCAUUUAGAUUAAUGUGCAGCCAAACUGCAAUUUCAGUGUAUUCUCGGGAUUACUGUUUCUGGAAUAACAUCCUUACUUGAGCCAAAAUUGCACUCAUGGUAAAUAAAAGUUUUCACACUACCUUAAA